AUGUACUCGUCAGAUGAAGAAGAGCUAAACUUGGAGCUACCGACCGUGAAUGAAGUAAAUAGAGACCUGUUCACUGGUGAAGUAGACAAAUUGAAUAACAACGUGGACGCAUUUGACGUGGAUGAAUUCCUGCUGAGAAAUAAUUGCAAUUUCAUUCCACUUGAUUCUCUCAUCGGUGACCUCUCUAAGCUUUCGAAUGAUAUGGUUCAUAUUCUUCUCGAGAAAGUCACAAGCAAGUAUAACGACUAUCUGAACUUUUGUGAACCUUACUUGGAUGGAAAUAGUGAUGGUGUUUUAGAGUUAAAAGAAUCGAUGACACAUUUGAGCCGCUUCAUUAAACAGUUAGAACAACUGACCAAGAAUGAUCUAUCCAAAACCCAGGAAGUCAUAAGUGACACGGUAGAUUAUUUGCGUAAGCUAGACGAGAUGUCAUAUCAGUUGCGGAACCAUCUUCGAAUACCAGAAAUGAUCACUUUGGCGAAGCAGUACAGUAAGAAGCUUCAUGCAAUGUCUGGAACAGAUCCUUUGGAAGAACAGCUAUGCACCGAGCUCACAGACCAACUAUUCACUUUGUUGCAACGCAUUCGUUCACAACUCGAUGAUUUAUCAUCUAUGGAUUCUACCUAUGUACAUCACUUACGGAACGAGUACCAUGGAUUACUCCAGGAAUCACAGAUUUCGCUCAAAAUCCUCACCGGGAGAUGCCUCGAAGACAAGGAGAACUACGAACAACUUUCCAAGGUACUGAUUUCAAUAUUAUGA